AUGCGGUCGCUUCUGCUUUUGGUAAGUGAGGCUUGGAAUGGGGUUGAAGAGGGGUUGAAGAGAGCGCCAACCCAGUGCUUUCGCUUUUGUCAAGAAAGGGCUGGAAUCGAAAAUUAAUGCCAUCUAUCGCUUUAGAAACAAAAAUCACCCUCAAUUUGAUCAAUUAUCAGUCUGUCGGUAAAUUAAUGAGCCCAAUGUCCCUGCCUCGAUUGCGUCGCUGGGUGAACAAUAAUUUGGUUUGGCCGCGACACAAUUUUUGGUUUUUUGGCGGCGAUGCGAUUGUCGAUGCGACAGAGUGUUCAUUUUUGCGACAGACUGAUGUUAAAAAUAGGCUAAAAUUUGCACAAUCUUAGGUUGAGCAGAUUAUUAUUCUAUCUAUUGUCAGCCAAUCAGUCCAACGGAAAAAUAUUGUGGAUUUGCCGCGGCGAUGGUGGACGACUCCAAGGCGAGGAAAAUCCACGUUAUUUUACAGGCGGACAAUAGUGCGCUCUGCCGCUGCGUUGAUCGCGAAACAAUUCGUUUUCUCGGCGGCGUUGCGAUUUUCGAUGCGGCAGAGUGCUCAUUAUUUUCCCGACUAACUGCUAAUGUCAUCAUAUUUGACAAACCAAGCUUUUCUAUUUUUGACUCUGUAAUUUCAAAAAAAAAAUUUUAUAAUUGGCUGCUUAAAUGUAUUUCUAAAACCGUUGAUUUGCAAUUUGCAACACCAGCCGGAAUAUUUAACAAUUUUUCUAAACUGCAGUCUCAAUCACUCAAAAAAAACCAAAAAAAAAUAUGAAAAAACGUAUUUUACAACAAAAACAAUGGCUUACAUUUUCAGCUUGCCUUCUCCACAACUUUUCAAGUGCUCCGCUCCGCGACAACACGAACGCCGGUUCAUGUUCUCGCUACGACAACGAAGCCAGGAACGAAUCGAACGAUAUCCCUAAAAGAGGUCUAUCAUCACAACCAAACACUAUCGUCAACGCAAGCUCAGUUCCUGGAGCCGGUUGGGAUCCGAGUCCGGUUCAAUGAACCGGUGUUUAAAGAUGUCGCAAACGUCAUGAGUAAGUCGUUACGCAUUUUAAUAUUUGGGGGAAAAGUUCUGUGUACGGUAUUUUUUAUCAUAAUUUUUUUGUGAUGACACACAUGAUAAUAAUGUCAGCCUGUCGGGAAAAUAAUGAGCUCUCUAUUGCAUCGAAAAUCACACCGCCGCUGUUCGGUAUUUAGAUGGAGAUGAUUUGAAGGAUGUUCCAUGUUUGGGAGUACUAACAACGCAAUUGAAAGUUUCAAUGGCCACUUCAAGCAGAACGUUACGAUACGGCAACGGCUAUCUCUGAUAGAUAUGGUUCAACGUCUCAAUGCGUACCUAUCCUCCAAAAGCUUCGAGUUGGCUGAUAAUCCCCCUCCUAAGAUUCCACCCGUAGCCAGUGAAGACUUGAAAAAAGCAUAUUAAAUAUAAUAUGCGUGCGAAUCGACCGCCAUGUUCGUACUCCAACGGCAACGUAGUCAUCAUGGCGAGUGACAAACUAGAGACUAUCAGCAAGCAAGACAUUCUCCACAUGCACUUGAAACUGUGGAAGGGUGAAUUUGACGACCUGGAGUCCUAUCAAACCCUAAAGGAAGGAGUCUACAAGCUCCGCCGAGAAGAUGGUUUUUACAGUUGUUUCUGCCCUCCUUGUCAAAAACAGCAUAAACCAGUGCAAACACGCCAUUUUGGUCUACUACAAAGUAAACCUCAUUCCUUUCCCUUCCUCAGCUCGUGACCCACACAUCGUACAAUCGACACGUCGCUGAAGGACCGGAACAGCUCGGAGGGGUGGAGCAUUGUCCCAACAUUAGCUGACGAUGUUAUAACGGCAAAGGUUGAGAAUGUCCGAACGGACUUCAGUGAUAUCUGCGGCGUUAUGGCAUCACCGCUUGGCAUAUCGUUGGGGACAGAAUGUGGGAACUGGGGGGCAGAACAGUAUAAAUUUGGGGGCAGCUUAACAAUUAUUCGUUCGAUUCGGUAACCAAAGUCCAUUCGUAUUUAUUUACAGAGAGCGUAUUUGCCUACCAAGCACGGAACGCGCGAAUUGCGUCGUAUCAGCAAUGCUUUCCGGAAGGCUGCUUCUAUUUGCAUUCAUUUCGGGUUUCUGGCUUCGAAAAGCCGCAUGAUGUGACCUUAUCGCCGGCGGAACCGAACCGGCUGUUGCUCAAGAUCUACUCCUUCGACAUUGAGUGAGUGGAAGUACUGUCGCUUUUGUCCAAAGGACUUUUACUGCGACCGUACCCUAUUCGUUGGUAGAUUUGCAGAGUAGAAAAAGAACCGCUGACAGUUUCCUUUCAGUAUACUCGGCGCUGUUACCGGAAAUAUCCAAAUCCUCUUGAACGUCCCAGUCCUCGGCCAAAUCAUUGUCAACGCCCGCCAAAUCACCGUAACCGCGACUUUCGACAUUCAAAAAGACCUGCAACGAACACCCUACCUCCAUCAGGCCGGCUGCUCGCUGGACAUGGGCAUUGUGAACGCCCAGGUCAACGGAAUGGGCCUGAUAACCGACUCGGUGAACAUCAAGUACAAAAAGGAGAUGAUUGAGAAGGCGAGGGAGAUAAUUUCGUCGACCGUUUGCUGGAAUUUAGAGAAGGCCAUUCAGGAUCAAGUGAACACAAGGCUGAAGGAAAUGCCGAAGCAUUUGAGCCUCUAUGAUUUGAUGCAAUACUUUGAUUCGUCGGUAAGUAGAGUCGGGAAAAUAGUGAACGCAAUGACGAGAUUCUACGCAAGCCAAGUUCAGAAAGCCCAAUAGACCCUUAUUUGGAUUUUAAAAAUGAAGCAAAUAUCAAUAACCUACCAAAAGCCUGUUUUCAGAUAGUCAGAGCCGAAGUUCAACCUCGACCGAUUGUCGCAAGAGACCCCAGCAUUCAGUUCACGAGAUACCGGACACAUCUCGCGCCGCGAAGAGGUCUUCAUCAGCCAAGACUCAAGAGAGAGACAAAGGGAGUCGCUGCGGUGGUGGAAAGUAAGCAAAAGUCUUGCAAGGCUGGGUAAAAAGUCAUUGGAAUUUUCGCGACUCUGCACUAAUCAUUUUUAGAAAAAAAUUCGCGAUAACUAGAAAAAAUUGCACAAAGCGUGAAAAAGUGGGUGUGCACAGUGCAAUUUUGUUUCAAAGUUCCCUUUUUCGCGGCGAGAAAUCAUCGGAGUGCGACAGAACUCGGGAAUCGCGACAAAUUCCCAUGACUUCUUCUCCCGAGUAUCAGUCUGUCGAGAAAAUAACGAGCAAAAUGUCAGUGCGCCGAUCGCGUUGCCGAAGUGAAAAGCAGCUUGCAUUUUUUCUCGGAGACGAUGCGAUUCUUCGAUACGAUUGAGUGCUCAUUAUUUUCCCGACAGACUGAUAUACACUCUUCUCUUCAACUCUCUUUACCUUUUAGUCGUUGAUGUUGGAGUUCCCACCUCACGAGACGAGGAGCGGCGGAGGAUUCGCAAGAAAAUCUCCAAAGCCAUUCUUCAGGAGAAGGUCGCCAAGACAGCGGACGCGGACUACGUGGACUACGCCACCGAGUCCGAUAAGGAGGGGAAAUUUCUGGAGCUCACAAAUGACGGGUCCGAAAACACGAGUGGCACACAGUCUCGAAGAGUUGGAGCGGAGCCAAAGAAGGGCGCAAAAACCGCCAAAAAAGUUGAUGACAAUAGCGCUUCAAAGAGUGCGAAUGGUACGAAUGGUAACAUUAACAGUACUAAGGCUGCAAUUGCGGACAAGAUUAGUCCGGUUGAAGCCGCUAUAUCCGAGAAAGACGGAUCCAAGUUCAAUUUGCAAGAACUUCUCGAUGGAUUUGAUUUUGUAAGUUGUUUUCAGGAAAAUUUUGCUAUAGAAAGUCCUGGUAAUUUUCUGAAAGCAAACGAGAAAUCAAGUCUUUUUUAAUUAUUAUUUUCCCGACAGACUGAGAUUUUGUUUGUCGAGAAAAUAAUGAGCACAAUGUCUCUGUCGUGUCGCUGAAUUGAAAAGCAAUUUGAUUUUGUCGCGACAAAAUUCAUUUUCUCGGCAGAGAUGCGAUUUUCGUUGCGACAAAGUGCUCAUUAUUUUCCAGACAGAUUAAUAAUGAACCAAAAAUUACAGUAACCCCGUUUUUUCAGACCAACUUUGGCCGGCUUUUCCUCAACAUGGACUUUGUCGAUUCGGCUGCCGAUUCCGAAACAUUUAACGUUGGAAUUAGUGGAGCGGUCCGUGUAAACGCCCUCCCGCACAAUGGCUUGUACAACGAGCCAAAGCCGUUGGGGAAUGAGAGUCUGCUGGAGUUCCCAACGCAUUUGCCAAAGAAGGCGGUGGAAAUGAUUGUCGGAGAGUUCACGCCGAACGCACUCUUCAAUCAGGCUCAUCGGUAAGCGAAGAACGUUUUGGAGGAGCUUGAUAUUUAAAGUGUGAAAAACGGCGGAAAAGGUAUUUGAAAUGCAAAAAAAUAUAUACAUAAUUUUUAGUUGCCAAGAAAAAUCCCUCAAAUUUUCUCUCGUUUCCAUCAGUCUGUCGGGAAAAUAAUGUGGUUUUUUCUCGUUGCAAAUUUCCAGCCGCAACUUGCCGUUGCCAACGGGUCCACAUUAUUUUCCCUACAGACUGAUAACGGUGCGUUUUGUGAAAAAUUCUCACACAACGCGCUAGCAAAUUUUGACUUUGAGACAUCCAACUUUUCAGAGCAAAAAUUCUCCGAUUCCACGUCAGCCCACGCACCCCGGUCUUUGGACAGAUGUUGAAAACGACCUGCUCGUUGGACGAAGUUUGCCUAUCCGACUCGUUGCCGGAAAUCGGAGAGAAAUAUCCGCAGAAACAGAUGAACAUCCUCAUAGAGUCGGUGCGGCCGCCGAAAGUCACGAUUAGCGAAGGUAAAACUAAUUCGUAGUUCUCGUACUAUUACUGUUCUCUUUAGACAACAUGAAGAUACAUUUUAUCGGCUUGGCCAACUUCUUCAUUGCCGAGCUUGGCCAACAGCCAAUUGGGAAGAUCCCGUUCUCGGCGGUGACAAAAAUUCAGAUCAAACAAGUGGAGGACAAGUUGAUAGGUAAGUGACUGUUUCUAAGGGCAUUUCUGUGAGACUUCAGCGGUUUAGAAGUGUCGGGAAUGUCUCAAAAGAUACUCUAUAUUCGUCAGUCUGUCGGGAAAAUAAUGGGCACUCCGUCGCAUUGCAUCUACGAUGAGAAAAUGAAUUGUUUCGCGACAAAAUCAAAUUGCUUUUCACUUCAGCGAUGGGGUCGGCGCAGUAAAAUUUUCAUUAUUUUCCCGACAGACUAAUGAAUAUUGAGUACCUUUUGAGGGCGUCGCGACACUUGCGGGCAACCAGUUUGCGGGCAACCAGUUUGCGGGCAAAUUUUUUGCGGGCAACCACUAUGCGGGCAAAAUUUGGGGGGUCACAUUUGCGGGCAGCUGAAACAUUUGCGGGCAGCUGAGACACUUGCGGGCAGCCUGGGACACUUGCGGGCAACCGACACUUGCGGGCAGCCGACAUUUGCGGGCAACCGGCACCUGAUGGUAACUGGGUGGAGGUGGAAAUAUUACUGCGAUAUUUUGGAAAUUUGCCGACAUUUGCGGGCAGCCGACACUUGCGGGCAGCCGACAUUUGCGGGCAACAGGAAAAACAAUCACACAGACUGUAUUGGUACUUUUGGAACUGUUGCCCGCAAAUGUCGGCUUCCCGCAAGUAUUGCCUGCCCGCAAAUGUCGGAAAAUUACCAAAAUAUCGAAGUAAUUUUUCCACCUCCACCUUGUUAUCAUUAAGUGCCGGUUGCCCGCAAAUGUCGGCUGCCCGCAAAUGUCGGCAAAUUUCCAAAAUAUCAUAGUAAUUUUUCCACGUCCAUCCUGUUACCCUCACAAUCAGGUGUCGGUUGCCCGCAAAUGUCGGCUGCCCGCAAAUCUUCCAGGCUGCCCGCAACUGUCGACCCUGCCCGCAAAUGUCCCAGGCUGCCCGCAAAUGCCGGUGCUGGCCGCAAAUGUCGGCUGCCCGCAAAGUGGCUGCCCGCAAAAGAUUUGCCCGCAAACUGGUUGCCCGCAAAGUGGUUGCCCGCAAGUGUGCGCCCGCCCUUUUGAGACACUUUGGACACUUUUAAACCGCUGAAUACUCACAAAAAAAGAUAUAUCAGUCUGUCGGGAAAAUAAUGGGGAUUUUUCGCGGCUUGGAAUUAUCCACCAUCGACGGCUAGUCGAGGCAACAUAUUUGCGAGAAAUUUUGCAGUGACAAAUGCACAUUAUUUUCCCGACGGACUGAUACACACUAUUGAGCAUCUGGAGGUUUUUCCUGCGCACAUGUCGCUUUAUAAGCUAUAGCCAAAUCCCCAAUUGCAGUCCGUCUCGUAAUCCCGGAACUGGAGGUCCUCGAAGACGUCGACUUCUUCGAGCUCUCUCCCUCUCAACUCCGCGGCUUCAAGAACGCUGUGAAGGGGGCGUUGGAGCGGUUGGCCAACAAGUACCUGAGGAAUGGGUUGGAAUUGAAGAAUCUGCAAAGCAAGCUGGAAAACUACGGUAUGGAUGGGCUGAAAAUCCAACUCUUGGCUGAGGGAAUGGUCAUGCUUCAGAUGGACGUUGAUGUGUACAAAUUGUUGUUUGAAGACAACACAUUAGAUGGUAGGAUAGAGAAGUUCUAA